ACCUGGCCAAAGAAAAAGAUAGAUAGAUAGCGUCACCGUAGCAGGGAAAGAGAUAGAAGUAUAUGCGCUUACGCAGCGGUUGUGUUCGGUAGUGAGAAUAACCGCGCGCGUCGAGUAGGAUAGGAGUAGGCCGAACGAAUGAGCUUUCCAGUUUGUGUUUCGUCCCCGCGGCAGCUGGUGUGUCGCUUGUUAGCUGCCGGUCCAUCAUCGAACGUUUAAUACAAUCACUCGGCUAAAUAUUAUGACAUAGCUUAUUAUUAUCAUGACGUAAAUAAUACACCUUUCCGACAUAUAUAUUUAUAUGUGAAUAAGUGUUUGUGCUGUGUAAAACAAAGUGCUAAUACGAUUUUGAGAAACGAAGGCGGAAAGUAACUGUUGAGUUUAAAAAGAUACUAGGGGAGGAAAUAAAUCAAGAUGGCGCUUUUGGGUAUGGUGUCAGCGGUGGCGGGCUUCGUCAAAGUCCGCUACCUCAUCGACAAAGCUGUUAUUGACAACAUGGUGUUUAGAAUGCACUAUAGAAUCACCUCAGCCAUUUUGUUCCUGUGCUGUAUACUGGUCACUGCCAAUAACCUUAUCGGUGAGCCGAUCUCGUGCAUCAACGACGGGGCGAUUCCCGGCCACGUGCUGAACACAUUCUGCUGGAUCACGUAUACCUUCACACUGCCCAACUCCAACGCAAAAGGAAUCGCCCACCCGGGGCUUGGCAAUGACUAUGAAGAGGAAAAACGUCACCACGCUUACUACCAGUGGGUGCCUUUCAUGCUGUUCUUCCAAGGAAUGCUGUUCUAUAUACCCCACUGGAUCUGGAAGAACUGGGAGGAGGGCAAGGUUCGCAUGAUCUCCGACGGCAUGAGAGGAACUGUUGCCAACAUGCCUUCUGAUGACAAAGGCGAUCGCCAGAACCGACUGGUGCAAUACUUAAUGGAUACGCUGCACAUGCACAACGCUUAUUCAUUCGGAUAUUUCUUCUGCGAAGUGUUAAACUUCAUCAACGUUGUUGGAAACAUAUUCUUCUUGGACACAUUCCUCGGAGGAGCUUUCUUGACUUACGGAACUGAGGUGGUCAAAUUUUCGAAUAGGAAUCAAGAAGAUCGUACUGAUCCUAUGAUCGAAGUGUUCCCGAGAAUAACCAAGUGUACAUUCCACAAAUACGGUUCUUCGGGAACAAUCCAGAAACACGACGCUCUCUGUGUCCUUGCGCUGAACAUCCUCAACGAGAAGAUAUUCAUCUUCCUUUGGUUCUGGUUCAUAAUCCUGUCAGUGGUGUCCGGGCUGGUGUUGAUAUACUCCGCAGCAAUGAUCCUCAUGCCAAGAACUCGGGAGACGAUUCUGAAGCGACGAUUCCGAUUCGGCACACCAAAAGGCGUUGAGGCCCUCGUUAGAAAGACCCAGAUUGGCGACUUCCUACUCCUGCAUUUACUCGGUCAGAAUAUGUCUCUACGUGUGUUCGGGGAGGUCUUAGACGAGCUAUCACGACGGCUGCACCUCGGCUCCAACGCGCCAUCCGCCCCAUCCACCCUCGAAAUGGGCCCCAUCUACCCUGACAUCGGCAAGUUCUCCAAGGAGACAGAGACGUAAGCGACAAAAAUAUGAAGGCAGGUGGGCGCUUUUUAGAAACUACGAAGACCGCUUUCCGUCUAGAUGUAAUUUAGUUUGUUUUUAUUUUUCUAUAUUACGCGUUCACCUGCCAGUUUCAAAAUUGAAAAAGAGCAAUAAGCAUGAAAUAAAUAAAUAAAAACAAUACAAUACAAAGGCCUUAAAAAUGGGCCAUAUUUAUAGCUCUUUUUCUGGGAAGAAUCAGGUAAUUACAACGUUUCAUGACAUUCCGUUUUAAAAUGUGUAUUUAGAUUAAAUUGUUGAAUUGAUUGGCCACAGUCCGCCUGUAGACUUGGCUUUUAUGUUAGGUCUCAUUUUGUGCGAUUCUACGAAGCAAGAGUGAAUUUUGUGAUUGGACGUUAUGAACUGGAAAAUUACAAGCGUUAUUAACUAUAGUCUAUAGCGACAUAGAUGAAGACUGUUAAGUAUUUUAACAUAGUGACAUAAUAAUAACACGAUGUUGUUAUGCUGUGAAUCUAAGCUGGUUUUUGCCUUCUGACGAAUUUUAGUAAUAGAUUAUUACAAUGAAAUCCUUGAUGAAUUUACAAAUGAUCUAUCUUAGCCACGCCGCUGACUUUUUAUUAGAUUGUAAGCACUGGAACUAUUAAUUCAAUAUUUUUAAGAUUUAUGUAAGCAGAGAAAUGACAUUAGCAGUCUCAUAAAUCUCAUUAGGGUAGUAUUUUUAAUGAAUGUGGCAGUGAAAAUGAUUGUACGAAGUCUGUGAUUCCAACUAACUAAAAGACAGAAUAUUCAGACAUUUUAUCCAAUAUAUUAUAUUUUUUUUAUUCUAGUGUAAUAUCCAAGAGGUGCAAAAUGCGACAGACAAUAAAUUAAGGAAUUCCCAAAUUAAUAAUGUACUCGAACUUAGUGCCAUUGUAAAAAAUUAUAUGUACUGCAAAGAUGCAGCUUUCUUUAUAUAACUACUAAGUAUAUAUAGUUCUGUCUAUUCAUUAUUGUUAAGGUGAUUAAAUAAGAUUAGAUAGAUUUUGUCGAAAUAAACUAUAUAUUUAUAUAAGACAUUCAUUUACAUUAUUUUUAAUUGAUAGUCUUUUAUAUCAUACACAAUUUGUAUAAUUUAUACGUAGGUAUGAUUUAUACGUAUAAACUGCAUUUUUUUUUCAAUCAAUUUGUUAGUGUAGUAUAAUUAUUUCAAUUAAUGAUUCGAUUUUAAUGCAAUUUAUAUUAGGUUCAUUUUCAUUUGAUUCCUUUCCUUUACUAUUACUACGAAUUGUAAUUGUUCAAGGAUUACUUCGGUACAUUUAGAUAGUAAGUUACAUUUUCAAAUAAAAUAUUAUACGAAA